UGAAAUUGAAAAGGCGCCAAAAUUACUCUACAUUAACAAAGAAGUGGUGGAUGGAUUUUACAUGGUAGUUAUAGAUUACGUUGAGGCCGAGCAACUUUACGAGUGCGACUCACUUAGUCAUGAUGAAUAUAAAGUGGUUUUUAAGGACAUCAAAGAAGCUAUCAACAAACUGUAUGAGAAAAAUAUUGUUUUUGCUAACCUUUAUUUUGAUUGGGCUGGUAAAGGAGAAGUCGCGCGCUAUCCAUCUUUCAUGAAUCAUAAACAUAUUAAUUGGCCACCAGAGGCUGAAGAUAGGAAGAAGCUGAGUUGUAAACAUGAUGUUUAUUGGUUGGAGUUGUUGAAAUCUAAAUACUUGGGUGAGAGU